UUUUGUUUUUAUUUUAUUUUAUUUUAUUUAUUUUAUAUUGGCUGCAUUGGGUCUUUGUUGCUGCACGUGGGCUUUUCUCUGGUUGCGGUGAGUGGGGGCUACUCUUCGUUGCGGUGCGCAGGCUUCUUGUUGUGGUGGCUUCUCUUGUUGGGAACACGGGCUCUACGUGCGCAGGCUUCAGUAGUUGUGGCACACGGGCUCAGUAGUUGUGGCUCGCGGGCUCUAGAAUGCAGGCUCAGUAGUUGUGGCGCACGGGCUUAGUUGCUCCACAGCAUGUGGGAUCUUCCUGGACCAGGGCUCGAACCUGUGUCUCCUGCAUUGGCAGGUGGAUUCUUAACCACUGUGCCACCAGGGAAGCCCCUUGAAAUUGUAAGUUUUUAUUUGUUUUCUAUCUUUCUAGCUUCCCAAUCUAAUAUUGGUUCAUCCUUAUCCUAACUGUUUAUAAAUUUGUUUGGUAAGUGAAUAAAUGUUACAAUCUGAUAGUAUGAACUGAAACAGUGAUAGUAGUGAUGGAAGAAAUGUGUUUGAGAGAGAUUUUAGUGAAAAGAUCAGUAGGACAUGACGGCCAAUUAAAUAAGUUGAGUCAGUGAGAGGAAUUAGUAAUAAUAGUAAUUGUAAAUAAUAAUAAUAUAUAUAUAGCAGUUAUUAUUUAUUGCCAGGCACUGUUCUAAGUGCUUUACAUAUAAUAACUCAUUUAAUCCUCACAACAACUCUAUGAGGCAAGUACUGUUUUCAUCUCUAUUUUAGAGAUGAGGAAGCCAUGGCCAGAGAAGUAACUUGCCUGUGGUCAUGCAGCUAAGAAGGGGCAGAACAGGCAUUAUGAACGGAAGCAGUCUGAGGCUAAAGAACACGCUCUUAACCACUAUGCUGUGUUGCUUGCCUGUUGAGAAUGAUUGUGAUUCUAGCUUGGGUGUUUAUGAUGACAAUUUGCUGCUUACAAAGUACUUUACUUGCGUUCUCUGAGAUCUGUACAGGAACACAAGUUCCAUUCAAAGCUCCAUCUAGAGAUCACUGGAAGGUGGAAGAUAUUCAGGUAGCCUGAGGUGGAGAAACUGGCAUGCCAGGCAUGGGCAUUUCAGAUACACUGAUUUCUCUCCCUUUUUAUUGCCUCCAAAGUUAGUGUAGGGAAAGUCGCAGCUCUAAUAUGAUGGCUCACAAUUGUCAGGUAGACUCUUGGUCUCUCUAUACUUCUGAUUUCUAGACUAGACUGAUAGUAAACGUGACUGUUCAUUUUACCAAAAAGAAGAGGGAAGGUUCCAUUUUAUCUGCUUUAGUACACUGCUUCAUUAUCAACCUCUACAAAUUUGUAUUGACACCUUCCUGUUAGCUAAAGAACUGUGCAGAUUGAUGGAAUAGAGAGCUCUAGGAUAUUAUUUGUUAAGAUUCUAAUAACUGUGUGAGGAAGACAUAUCCAGAAAAAGUAAAUAGCUACAUAAAUUGUUCUAUUACCAAGAUAUUUGGAUGUCUCAAUGAAGAGGUGAUCACCGUUCGAUGGAGAAGACAGAGAAAACCUCCUAGAGAAUAUGGAAUUCAAGCUGAGCCUUAGAAGUGUCUUUACUUCAGUGGAGAAAAGAGUGAGGGCAAAGCUCAUGAACAAAAGAUAAUAUGUUUCUGAAUGUUACCACCAAAGAACAUGAUUUUGAUCUAGGGGCUCCAGUUUCUGAAGCUGAAAAACACCAGAAUAUUCUCCAGCUAGAACAAGAAGUGAGAAAUCAAGACAAAUUCAUUUCUUCACUGAAGUUACAGAUUGAAGAUCUCAAACAGACAAAUCAUGGCUUGGAAGAAUGUGUUAGGAAACUCUUGGAUGGUAAGGAGGUGGUAAGCAGUCAAAUAGAGGAUUUAACCAGCCACAAUGAGCAUCUUUGUCAAGAACUGAUUAAAAUUGACCAACUAGCAGAGCAACUAGAAAAAGAGAAAAAGUCUGUGGUGGAUACUGCCAACAAGGAACUUGAAGAAGCAAAGAUUGAACUCAUUUGCCAGCAAAAUAAUAUAAUAGUAUUGGAAGAUACAAUAAAAAGACUCAGAUCUAUAAUUUUAGAGACUGAAAAAGCACAAAAUAAAUCUCCUUCCAGACUUGAUUCCUUUGUCAAAACUUUAGAAGCAGACAGAGAAUACUACAAGAGAGAAGCUCAAAAUUUGAGAAAGAUGAUCAGAAGUAGAUCUAAAAGCCCAAGACGCCCAUCUCCAUCUUCCCGGGGUACAAAGUGUGAUGUAGAGCUUUUGAAGACAACAAGAGACCGUGAAGAGCUCAAAUGCAUGCUGGAAAAAUAUGAGCGUCAUUUGGCAGAAAUUCAGGGUAAUGUCAAGGUUCUCACAUCUGAGAGAGACAAGAGCUUUUUUCUGUAUGAGCAGGCACAGGAAGAAAUUGCCCGACUUCGACGAGAAAUGAUGAAAAGCUGUAAAUCUCCUAAAUCAACAACAGCACAUGCCAUCCUCCGGCGGGUGGAGACUGAGAGAGAUGUGGCCUUCACUGAUUUACGAAGAAUGACCACAGAACGAGAUAGUCUAAGGGAAAGGCUGAAGAUUGCCCAAGAGACAGCAUUUAAUGAGAAGGCUCACUUGGAACAAAGGAUAGAGGAGCUGGAGUGUACAGUUCAUAAUCUUGAUGAUGAACGUAUGGAACAAAUGUCAAAUAUGACUUUGAUGAAGGAAACCAUAACCACUGUGGAAAAAGAAAUGAAAUCACUAGCAAGAAAGGCAAUGGAUACCGAAAGUGAACUUGGCAGACAAAAAGUAGAGAAUAAUUCUUUGAGACUUUUAUAUGAAAACACAGAAAAAGAUCUUUCUGAUACUCAACGAUACCUUGCUAAGAAAAAAUAUGAGCUACAGCUUACUCAGGAGAAAAUUAUGUGCUUGGAUGAAAAAAUUGAUAAUUUUACAAGACAAAGUAUUGCCCAGCGAGAAGAAAUCAGCAUUCUCGGUGCAACCCUCAAUGAUCUGGCUAAAGAAAAGGAAUGCCUGCAAGCAUGUUUGGAUAAAAAAUCUGAGAAUAUUGCAUCCCUUGGAGAGAGUUUGGCAAUGAAAGAAAAGACCAUUUCAGGCAUGAAGAAUAUCAUUGCUGAGAUGGAACAGGCAUCAAGACAGUCUACUGAAGCCCUAAUUAUGUGUGAACAAGACAUUUCCAGAAUGCGUCGGCAAUUGGAUGAAACAAAUGAUGAGCUGUCUCAAAUUGCCAAGGAAAGGGAUAUCUUGGCUCAUGAGAAUGACAGUCUCCAAGAACAGUUUUCUAAAGCUAAACAAGAAAACCAGGCACUGUCUAAAAAACUGAAUGAUACUCAUAAUGAGCUUAAUGACAUUAAACAGAAGGUUCAAGACACUAAUUUGGAGGUUAAUAAACUGAAGAAUAUAUUACAGUCCGAAGAAUCUGAGAACCGGCAAAUGAUGGACCAACUCCGAAAAGCCAGUGAAGAUGCUGAAAACUGGGAAAAUAAGUGCCGUCAAGCAGAGGCAGAUAACAGUACCCUCAAAUUAGAACUUAUCACUGCUGAGGCAGAGGGUAACAGAUUAAAAGAAAAGGUAGAUGCCCUCAACAGAGAGGUCGAGCAGCACUUAAAUGCAGAACGGUCUUACAAGUCUCAGAUUGCUACUUUACAUAAGUCUGUUGUAAAGAUGGAAGAGGAGCUUCAGAAGGUUCAGUUUGAAAAAGUGUCUGCCCUUGCAGACUUGUCUUCCACAAGGGAACUUUGCAUUAAACUUGACUCAAGCAAAGAACUUCUUAAUCGACAGCUGAUUGCUAAAGAUCAAGAAAUAGAAAUGAUGGAGAAUGAGUUGGAUUCUGCUCGUUCUGAAAUAGAACUCCUCAGGAGUCAGAUGACAAAUGAGAGAAUCUCCAUGCAGAAUCUAGAAGCUUUGCUGGUGGCCAAUCGAGACAAAGAAUAUCAGUCUCAGAUAGCACUUCAAGAAAAAGAAUCUGAAAUUCAGCUUCUUAAAGAACACCUUUGUUUGGCAGAAAGUAAAAUGGCCAUCCAGAGUAGAGAUGUGGCCCAGUUCAGGAACGCCAUAACGCAGUUGGAAGCUGAUUUAGACAUUACCAAGAGACAACUAGGGACAGAGCGCUUUGAAAGGGAAAGAGCUGUGCAAGAACUUCGCCGCCAGAAUUACUCAAGUAAUGCUUAUCAUUUGAGUUCCACAAUAAAGCCAAAUACAAAAUGUCACUCACCAGAACGUUCUCACCAUCGAUCUCCUGACCGAGGCCUGGAUCGAUCAGUAGAAGAGAAUCUUUGCUAUAGAGAUUUCUGACACGUGAAAAGAUUCUUCAUAUCCUUGGGAGAGGUCAAAGUUUCAAACUGAUUUUUUUCUUGCUAUAUGAUUGCAUUUAUCUUUUGAAUGCUUGACAAUGUUAAAUGAAUUUAUUAACGUUGUGCCUCUGAAUCUCUGUUUUCAUGUGCCAUAUCGCAGUGAUCUGAGAUGACUUGUAAAAAACAAAAAUGCAUAUGUCUCUUUCUAUCCAUACAGUAAUAGUGAGUGUAAAACCUGCUUACUUCACUAUUGAACACUGUUAUGUUAACUCUCCGGAGUAAAUAAAGAAGAUUAUAAAAAGGGGGAAAAGCGUUUUUACAAAACUGAUUUUUUCUUUGUGAUUUAUGCUUUCAUGGCUGGACAAGUUGUGCCACAAUAGGUGCAGUGUACCAAUACUGGCCUGGGACCCCAUAUUCCAUUUUGGAACCAACGUGACAUUAACUCUAGGCCAUAAUCUAACUUCAAAGCAGUAGAUAGUACGAGUGUGUCAGGGUUUUUAAAUACAUAGUGUUGUACCACUAAUUAACAUACAUUUUCUACAAUUGUUUACCCUUACUAUUUUUAGAAAGGUAGGUGAUGCUAUAUCUGUCAAGAAUGUAAAAAUUUUUAAAAAGUCUGUAUUUUUAAUAUGUUUUUCUUUAAAAUAUUAAAAUACUGCAGUCAA